GAAUUGUCCAUGAUGUCAAAAAAAGGCGCUUAAUUUUUGAUGUUACUUCCGCAUUGGCGGUUUGGCAACGUUAUGAUGUAUAAAAAAUAAUCCAGGAUUUCAUCCGCUGGGAAUUUUUCUGAAUAAGGCAUGAAGGCUCUUCCACCAGACACCGUGCGACUGCUGUCCAGCUCGCAGGUGAUCGCGUCUGUCGUUAACGUCGUUAAGGAGCUGAUCGAGAACUCGCUUGAUGCUGGAUCCUCAAACCUAGAAAUCAAAUUGGAGAAUUAUGGUUUGGAUCGUAUCGAGGUGCGAGACAACGGCUCUGGAAUCAAAGCCGCUGACGCUCUUGUGAUGGCGGUGAAACAUUACACAUCUAAAAUCUCCUGCCACGAAGAUCUGGAGCGUCUCGAGACGUACGGCUUUAGAGGAGAAGCUCUCGGAUCCAUAUGCGCAGUUUCUGAGGUUGUUAUCACCACCAAAACAGCUGAAGAUGACAUCAGCACUCAGUACACACUCGACUUCAAGGGGUGUGUGGUCUCGCAGAGGCCCUCGCACCUUGGCCAAGGUACCACUGUGUGUGCGCUGAAACUGUUCAAGAACCUCCCUGUCAGGAGACAGUAUUACUCCAACAGCAAGAAGUGCAAAGACGAGCUGAAGAAGGUGCAAGAUCUGCUCAUGGCUUAUGCCAUCAUCAAGCCUGAGCUGAGGAUCGUGUUCACACACAAUAAGGCUGUGGUGUGGCAGAAGUCCAAGGUAUCGGAUCACGGCGCGGCUCUCAUGGCUGUGCUCGGAUCCUCCACCGCCGCCAACCUGUUACCCGUCCGACAUCGCCACGAGCAAGCAGAGAUUAGCAUCGAGGGAUACUUUCCUAAGCCGAACUCCGAUCUCAAUGCAACAAGUUCCAGUACCUCUGACAAGACAUUUAUUUAUGUGAACAAUCGGCCUGUGAAUCACAAAGAUAUCCUGAAGCUUGUGAAGCAGUACUAUGCUAAUUCAGCUCAUUCGAAUAACGAAUCAGCCAGCCGCCGCUUCCCUAUCCUGAUGCUGAACAUCACCGUUCCUGCCUCGAGCGUGGAUGUUAACCUGACACCUGACAAAUGGCAAGUGCUGCUACAGGACAAGGAUGCUGUGCUUUUAGCAGUGGAAUCUGUACUGAUCUCGUUAUAUGGUUCUUAUUCUGUUGGGAAUGACAACCAUGUGACGGCAGGACAGUCUCAUUCUGUGGUGGAAGUUAGGAAGGAACCCAAUGAAGUGCCUGAAAAAGUUGCACCACAGCCUAGUGUGGUUGCUCCACCUGUGGUGCUAGACAAUUCCAACACAAACAAAGAAACCAAAGAAAAGGACGGUGAGACGUCCUUACCAGGUACCGCUAACACAAGCUCGUCUUCCACAUCAGAGGAUUGGAUAAUCAACACAAGCUUGAGUGAUUCAUCGUUUGCUGAGAACACGGUGUUGAAUUCUACAAUCGACCCAGAUGACAAACAUGAGAGCUGUCUUGUGCAAGUGGACAAGGAGAUCCCGGUAGAGAUCUCCUUGACACCAGAUGACAAAAAUGAGAGCUGUCUUGGGAAAGUGGACAAGGAGAUCCUGGCAGAGAUCUCCUUGACACCAGAUGACAAACAUGAGAGCUGUCUUGGGCAAGUGGACAAGGAGAUCUCGGCAGAGAAUUGGGCCAUGGGUAAGGCUUUCACAGAUCCCACCACUGGAGAAUACCUCGAGCCUGUGAAGCUUCAUCAACCAGAAGCUCAAAAAGAUGGUGACCUUGCACCGGAAACCAAAACUAAAAGUAGCAGCCCAUGCACGAGACCCACAAAUGUCAUUGUGGAGAAAAUGGCCAAAUUAACGGCCUACGACCUGAUCAGCAGCCGCUCCGUGCGUCAGCCGCUUUCCGCCUUCGCUCUGUUUGAGCAGGACACCAGAUCAUCCGUCCUGCUGGAGAAGCCACGAGCCAGUCUGCAGGAUGUCACUGCUGCUGUAAAAGAGAGAUGGGAAAGCCUCGGGGAGGAAGAAAGAAAGAAGUAUGAGGAAAAGGCCCAAAAGUCCCUGGAGUCCUACAACGAGCAGAAGAAGCGUGCAUCAGCUGAAAUCACUCCUGACCAUCAUUAUCAGAAAGCCGAUUACUUUCAGAACAGACCCCAGGGCGUGAAACGCAAAGCCCCCAUGUCCGAUCAGCAGACCCUGGACAAACACUUUAAAUCUCAGCCUGAGAGCAAGGAGAAACCUACGAAGGUGUCCAAGCCUCUCGAGUUCAGCAUGGAUGCCCUCAGGCGAGCACUUCAGCCUGAGCAUCGCUCCCGCUCGAGUGAGCAGGGCCUCCGCCUUGUAAACCGCUUGCCUUCUCACUGCGCCUGGGUCGUUUUAUGUGGCAGAAAGCUCAUGUUGUUAAAUCCAUUUAGGGUGGAGGAAGCCCUGCUGUUUAAGAGACUUCUGGAGAAUAAUAUACUUCCAGCAGCGAGCCUGCAGCCCCCUAUACAGCUAACAGAUGGUGUUCUUGGUGGUCCUGAAUACAUGGACGUUCUUAUGAAUAUGGAGAAAGGCAGUCCGUCUUUAACCGGUGCAGUCCUCUUUACUGAUGCCAGGCUGGUGGCCAAUGGAUUUCAGAUCAGACUUACUCCAGGUUCCUCGUCCAUGGAGACGGGUGUUGAAGUGACGGCUAUGGCCGACUGCAUGCCUUUCUACGGCAUCGCUGACCUGAGGGAGAUCCUAACGGCCGUGAAGGACAGGAACGCUCAGACGGUUCAGCAGUGCAGACCUCUCAAAGUCACUAACUACCUAGAGGGGGAAGCUGUGCGGAUGACCAGACAGUUGCCUCUGAACAUGUCCAGAGACGACGUCACAAAUAUACUGUCUCGAAUGACACAAGAGUUUGACGGGAAACGUGAAGUCUGUCUUCAUGGACGGCCAUUUUUUCACCACCUCACUGAAGUUCCUGAAACAGAUCAGGAAGCUCUUGACAUCUUGUCGAGCACUUGCUGAGUAUUUCGAGAAUUUUCCAAUGUAAUGUUACCUUCAGCCACAGCGGAUCGUUCUCUAAAUGUUUCGAAUGUAAAUGCAUAUUAUUUUUUUCAGUAUCAUGUUCUGCAAUACAGUUUGUUUUUUACUAAUGAUACUGACAUUGCGGCAUUGAAUAAUUAAAUAAUGUUUAUUUUUAAAAAAUGAAGUGCAUAAGAGAGUAAUAAAUAUUUUCACUUAGAAUGUACAGCUUUCUUUUGUCAUAAGGAAUGGAAGAAAAUGAGAUAAAAUAAAACAUGGAGUGGAAAUUUGCAUGUAUAUGGAGUAUAUUACACUUAUGAAAUAUCACCUUAAAAUAAAUAAUACAGGUGUCAGAAUUAAAUUUGAAACUACAGAUGGUUGUACAAACAGGUUCUCUUGGUUCUCACCUUCUCACUCAGUAGUUUGUACUCCGCUUUGUACUCGGAUGAUGAUAUACAGAACAACUUUCCUGUUCUCCCAUAAACCUUUGGCCUCUCCUGAGAAACACGGCAGGUGGAUUUGUGCUGACGUAGUUGAGGAUUCCUCAGCUGACGUGAUGUGGUGAUGGUCUUGCUUGUUCCUAAUGCAGAAUGUGGCGUGACUCCAAAUAACAAAAACAAGCCAAUUUCUCACUGACCUCAGAAAAUUCCACUUGGAAAAAUCCUUGCUGAGUUUUUUAUUUGUAAACUGAAGAUGAUGUGCUGUAGAUUUGGCUAAUUCCAGAUAAUACUGAACCACAUUUUUUUAAAGAAGGAACUCAUGUGGGUGGAAAUGACAGGACCAAGUGCCUAACCCUGGAUUCACACUAGCAAGCAACAACGCAACAGGCGAGAAUUCAUUUUCUAUAUGUAUGUCCGCAACAUGGAGCCGCGAUUUUACUGAUAACAGCAAGCGACGAA